UUUCUCGUUCUUUCACCUUCAAGACCACCGACAACCCUCAAGAAGCUCAUCGGUGAGUAUCUUUGGCUUUUCUCCGCUCGAUGCAUCUACGAGGACGACGGAAGGCGGGCGAUGGUCAUCGUGGCGGGAAGCGACGUCGGAGGGACUGUGAAGAGGUGGACGGUGGUCUGUUCGGCACGGUCAGAGAGAGAUAAUGCUGUAUCACCCUCCGAGCCUUUGUGGCUCUGACGAUGGACGGGAAUGCUGGGCGAUGGAGAGCCUCAGAAAAUGAAGGAGAAGGAAAGAGCGAGAAGGCGGCAGGAGAAGGACACACGGUCGGAAGAGGGCCGCAGAACUAGGAAGAAAGAAGUGCGCAGUAAAAGAAUUAAUCGACGCUGACCCGAACUGCUCCCUCUGCCAUCAGACAUGGUCAACCUCCGCACGCAGAAGCGCCUCGCUGCGUCCGUCCUGGGCGUCGGCAAGCGCAAGAUUUGGCUUGACCCCGCCGAGCAAAAUGACAUCGGCAACGCGAACUCGCGUGCCAACAUUCGCAAGCUCGUCAAGGAUGGCCAGAUCAUCCGCAAGCCCGCCGUCGGCCACUCGAGGGCGCGCACACGCGAGCUUCACGCUGCCAAGCGUGCCGGUCGCCACACGGGCACCGGUAAGAGGAAGGGUACCAACGAGGCCAGGAUGCCCACCAAGGUUAUGUGGAUGAGGCGUCAGCGUGUCCUCAGGCGCCUGCUGAGGAAGUACCGUGAGGCCGGCAAGAUCGACAAGCACCUGUACCACGAGCUCUACAUGAAGUCCAAGGGUAACGUCUUCAAGAACAAGCGCGUCCUCAUGGAGUUCAUCCACAAGGCCAAGGCCGAGAAGGCUCGUUCGAAGCACAUUGCCGACCAGAUGGAGGCUCGCCGCCUGCGCAACAAGACGAUGCGCGAGCGCCGUGCCAACCGAAUCGCCGAGAAGAGGGCCGCCAUCACGGCCGUCGAGCUCGAGUCGGAGGACAAGAAGUAAGAAACGGGUGCUCUCACCUGCUUUCGCCAUGUACUUUUUCUCCCCCUUCUCUCGGCUCUUCUUUUUCUCUUCUUUUCGGGUUCCCUCUUCGUCUCGUCGCACGCUUGUUUCACUACAUACAACACCACCCAAAAAAGCCCAUUGCACGAGCGAGCUCCUCGAUCGCCAACGUAAUCAUCUUUCGCGAGGAAAGCUCGUCCGACCCCUUUGGAGAUGGAUCUUUUCCC